AUGGGCAAUAGCAUCGACCAGUGGCGAUGUGCUAUUGGCAGAUUCAACCCAUGUAGGCAGCCCAACAGAUGCGACAAUACAGAAAGAAGGGCUGAGAGAGAGUAUCGUAAAGCUCUACAUAAGAAUAAAGCCAAUCAAAACAGUGAUAGUCAUGAGAGUACAAUUCAAAAAGGGCAACACCUGUAUUGCAGUGAUCAAAAGAGUUCAAUCAAGCCAAAUGACCAUGUGGACAAUUUGAAAAGAAAAGCGCAAGAGCUUGCAAAACAAUGCAAUGAAUGGUUUGAAGUGGUUAAAAAAGGCUAUAUAAGUGAAAAGACUACACUUAAACAAAAUGCUUCUGUGAUCAGCACUGCGACUGCAUUUCAAGGAGAUGAAAGACAAGGUGUGACUGGUAGUGAUGAGAAAGGAAUUUCUGAUCAAAAUAACUCACUGAACUACAACAUAGUGAAAAAAGAAGGCCCAACAGAUGAUCAUGAAGAGGGAAAACAUCCUGAUCAACUAGAAAAUAACACUGAGAAUGUGAAAGUACUUAUGAACCAGCAUUGGGUUGAGUCAUUAAGGAUUCUUCCCCAGCUAUUAGUGAUCAUCAGUCUCUUACUUAUAAUUGGUGGGGUUGAAGUCAACCCUGGUCCUCAAACACAGGGUAAAGAUGAUGCCAAACGAGAUACAGCACCUCCUGCCGAGACUGAUAUCUUUGAACUUUUACUUUCAUUAUUCAAUUCUGAAAGUUUCAAUUUGAAUGAUCAAAAGCCCCUGGAACCCCUUGAGGAUGCUGUGACAAAACAUGGCCUUACAAAUGUAGAGAAUGAUGGUAAUGGCAAGCCCCUGGAAUGCCUAGUGGAUGUUGUGGCAAAACAUGGACUUGCAAUUGUCGAGAAUGAUGGAUAUGGUGACUGCCUGUUUCAAGCCUUGUCCCAUCAAUUGGCCUACACCAAGACAGCCAAUAUAGAUCACAGAGACUUAAGGCAGAGACUAGUAGAGUAUGUGAAACUCCAUCCACAACUGCCAAAUGGAGACCAUGUGACGACACAAUUUUGCACUAUCAUCAUAAAUGAAUGGACACAGUACAAGAACUCCAGUCACCCAAUGAAUGAUGAUGAAAAAACAAAGCUAGCAUGGUAUACAGAGUCCUACAUGAACAGACCUGGUACAUGGGGUGAUAAUCUGAUGAUCUGGGCAUUUACUCAACUCUUCAAUGCUGAUGUUGAAAUUUUCUCUCAGGGGUCAGAGAAUUCGUACAAAAUUGCCAAUGUUAACAGCGCUAGCAGGGUCAUAGUUCGGCUUGGAUAUGUACCACAAAAAAUUGCCAAUGAUAACAGCGAUGGCAGGGUCAUGGUUCGGCAAAUCCACUUUAUAAGCCUUGUUAGUCUCAAAGAAUUAGAAGAGAUGUUCAAUCUUGGAAAGAAAAUUAGCAAGUGUGACCAGAUAACACAAAUGAGAGAGCAGGCAGGUUACAUGUGUGAGCUUGGAUCAUUGUACACAGCACAGGCACAAAAAACAUCUAGGGGUUGGGAUUUCAUCUAUGCAACAGCUCUCUACAACGCAGCAUUACAGCGUAUUAAACAAUCUGAAACUGACAGUUCCAAAGAAGAGGUAUUGUCCCGCUUUAAACAUAUUAAUGCUGAGUAUAUUAUAGAACAAUUGCAACAAAUAGAAACAUAUUUUCUAGAAUCAGUCUCAAAGGUAAAGCCAGACUCAACACUAAGUUGCACACAAAGGUACAGAAAGGUUCUCGAGGAACUGAGAACAUAUUCAUGUGAUACCAUCAAUAACAUACAUGUUAAUGAUAUGCAAAUUGAUGGUAUCACUUUUGAUAUGAGUGACGAGAAUGUAAAUAUGACAAUUGAGAACAGCAAGAUUUACUAUGAAAAGCUGUCAGAUAAGAUCGUUGAAUUUCAUCGGCUUGUAAUAGAUGAUUGUAUUUCAGUCUUAGGGGCUCCUAAGGUAAAUAGGUAUGCAUUCAUAGGCCUUGGUUCACUAGCUAGAAAAGAAGUCACAGCUUGGUCAGAUCUAGAGUCGGCAAUAAUAUACGAUCCCUCUGGGAUAGCACCCCCAGAAUGCAAUGCACUAAGGCAAGAAUUUAGGGUCUUGGUUCAUUACUUUCAUAUGAAAGUAAUCAAUUUGGGUGAAACUAAAAUCAAUGUAUUGGAUAUUCCUGUCCUUUGCGAUUUUAACAAAAAACUUCCAAAAGAUCUAAAAGACAUUGACUUUUUUGAUGAAGUGACACCACAGGGAAUUUGUUUUGAUGGUACCUUACCAAAAGCAAGUAAGCAUCCCUUUGGCAGAAUGUCGACUAAAAAUCCCAAAAGGCCAACCAGUUUUGAGUUGAUACAGCCAAUUGAUGUCAUUGUUAAUUGUCAAAAUGAAGAAGUGUCAGAAAGAGAAGGUUAUCAUCUGAGUGAUGUUCUUAUGACAUCAACCUUUCUCUAUGGUGAUGAUUCUUUAUGGGAUGAAUACAAUAACAAGGUUCACAAGAUACUGUCUUCACCAUCCAAAACGAAUCAAGGUUUAUCUAUAGGCAAUGAACGUGGGCAAGCCACGCUGAAAGAUGACUUGGACAGCUAUCAAAGAAACCCUCUUUCACCAAGAUCAUUUCAGACACCAGUAAAAACCAAACAUGACAUCUACAGAUUUGCAACAAUUUCCAUCAAUACUCUUAAAUUAUUGCAUAAUUGUGAAUCAGUCAACCCUCUUGAUGUCCUAGACGAAUUGUGUGAAAAGGAAAUACUACAUGAAGGUGCAAAGAAAGAUUUACAGCUCAUGGUAUGUUUAGCUGUCAAUAUGAGGCAUCUAGUAUACAGCAGAUAUGACCAACAGAAGGAGUCUAGUUCCUUUAUUGUUCCUACUCAAGAACAAGGCAAAACUAGUAACCAUUUAGGAUUGGUUUCUGUGAGAGACUUCCCUGCUAUAUGCAGAUUUUAUGCAACACUCCUUCCCUGGUCAGAGUUUCUAGGAGAACAUUCAGGUGAUACCAUCCCAUGUUCCUAUGCAACAAGAUAUUUUGACAGCAGUGACAAAGUUAAAGAAUUAAAAGAGAUAUUCAAUCUUGGGAUGAAAAUUAGUGAGUGUGACCAAACAACACAUAUGAGAGAGCAGGCAGGUUACAUGUGUGAUCUUGGAUCCUUGUAUACAGUACAUGCACAAAAAACAUCUAGGGGUUUGGAUUUCAUCUAUGCAACAGCUCUCUACAACGCAGCAUUACAGCGUAUAAAACAAUCUGAAACUGACAGUUCCAAAGAAGAGGUAUUGUCCCGCUUUAAACAUAUAAAUGCUGACUAUAUUAUAGAACAAUUGCAACAAAUAGAAACAUAUUUUCUAGAAUCAGUCUCAAAAGUAAACCCAGACUCAACACUAAGUUGCACACAAAGGUACAGAAAGGUUCUCGAGGACUCACUGAGAACAUAUUCACGUGAUACCAUCAAUAACAUACAUGUUAAUGAUAUGCAAAUUGAUGGUAUCACUUUUGAUAUGAGUGACGAGAAUGUAAAUAGGACAAUUGAUAACAGCAGGAUUUAUUAUGAAAAGCUGACAGAUAAGAUCGUUGAAUUUCAUCAGCUUGUAAUAGGUGAUUGUAUUUCAGUCUUAGGGGCUCCUAAGGUAAAUAGGUGGGCAUUCAUAGGCCUUGGUUCACUAGCUAGAAAGGAAGUCACAGUUUGGUCAGAUCUAGAGUCGGCAAUAAUAUAUGAUCCCUCUGGGAUAACACCCCCAGAAUGCAAUGCACUAAGGCAAGAAUUUAGGGUCUUGGUUCAUUACUUUCAUAUGAAAGUAAUCAAUUUGGGUGAAACUAAAAUCAAUGUAUUGGAUAUUCCUGUCCUUUCCGAUUUUAACAAAAAACUCCCUAAAGAUCUAAAAAACAAUGACUUUUUUGAUGAAGUGACACCACAGGGAAUUUGUUUUGAUGGUACCUUACCCAAAGCAAGUAAGCAUCCCUUUGGAAGAAUGUCGACUAAAAAUCCCGAAAAGCCAAUCAGUUUUGAGUUGAUACAGCCAAUUGAUGACAUGGUUAAUUGUCAAAAUGAAGAAGUGUCAAAAAGAGAAGGUUAUCACCUGAGUGAUGUUCUUAUGACAUCAACCUAUCUCUAUGGUGAUGAUUCUUUAUGGAAUGAAUAUAAUAAGAAGGUUCACAAAAUACUUUCUUCACCAUCCAAAACAAAUCAAGAUAUAUCUAUAGGCAAUGAACGUGGGCUAGCCACACAGAAAGAUGACUUGGACAACUAUCAAAGAAACCCUCUUUCACCAAAAUCAUUUCAGAAACCAGUAAAGACCAAACAUAACAUCUACAGAUUUGCAACAAUUUCCAUCAACACUCUUAAAUUAUUGCAUAAUUGUGAAUCAUUCAACCCUCUUGAUGUCCUAGAGGAAUUGUGUCUCAAGAAAAUACUAUGUGAAGAUGCAAAGAAAGAUUUACAGCUCAUGGUAUGUUUAGCUGUUAAUAUGAGACAUCUUGUAUACAGUAGAUAUGACCAACAGAAGGAGUUCAGUUCCUUUAUUGUUCCUACUCAAGAACAAGGCAAAUCUGCUAACCAUUCAGAAUUAGUUUCUGUGAGAGACUUCACUGCUAUAUACAGAUUUUAUGCAACCCUCAUUCCCUGGUCAGAGUUUCUAAGAGAACAAUCAGGUGAUACCAUUCCAUGUUCCUACGCAACAAGAUAUAUUGAUAGCAGUGACAAUGUUAAAGGUGAACUUCAUAGUCAAAUGUAUUUCUUUGAAAAUGCACUCAAAGCAUUUAAAAAGGAAGAAUUAAGGCUUGAAUCAAUGGAUAGAAUGGAAUACAGCAAAGAAUUACUUGAUGUUAAAGUCAAUCUAGCAGAGUUGCAUUUUGCUCAGGGACAUCAUGAUGAAUCAAUAAAAUAUCUAAAUGAAAGCUUGAUAUUAAAUGAAGCAAGACCUGGACUCAUUUCUAUGUAUUCAAUCUGUUAUAUAUGGAAUGCACUCGGCAAUGCCUAUCACAAGAAAGGUGAGCAUAACGAUGCGAUCAAAUACUACAAGCAGAGUCUGAAUACAAGUAAACUGAUACAUAGAAAUCAACAAAGUCAAGGGAUAUCAACUCUACUGGGCAACAUUGGUUUAGCUUACAACAGCAAAGGUCAAUAUGAUGAAGCUAUUCAAUACCUAGAGCAGAGUCUGACCAUGCAAAAGAAGAUAUAUAAAGAUCAACCUCACCCUGAGAUAGCAUCCUCCCUAGGCAACAUAGGUUCUGCUUACCACAGCAAAGGUCAAUAUGAUGAGGCUAUUAAAUACCUGGAACAGAGUUUGACCAUGCGAAAGAAGAUAUAUAAAGAUCAACCUCACCCUGAGAUAGCAUCAUCACUGGGCAACAUUGGUACUGCUUACAACAGCAAAGGUCAAUAUGAUGAAGCUAUUAAAUACCUAGAGCAGAGUUUGAUCAUGCAAAAGAAGAUAUAUAAAGAUCAACCACACCCUGAUAUAGCAACCUCACUGGGCAACAUUGGUAGUGCUUACGACAGCAAAGGCCAAUAUGAUGAAGGUAUCAAAUACCAGAAGCAGAGUCUGACCAUGCGAAAGCUGAUAUAUAAAGAUCAACCUCACCCUGAUAUAGCAUCCUCACUGGGCAACAUUGGUACUGCUUACCUUAGCAAAGGCCAAUAUGAUGAAGCUAUUAAAUACCUAGAGCAGAGUCUGAUCAUGCGAAAGAAGAUUUAUAAAGACCAACCUCACCCUGAUAUAGCAUCCUCACUGGGCAACAUUGGUAGUGCUUACAACAGCUAA